AUAUAUGUUUUUUUCAACUUUCAGAAACCUCUCUUCCCAGACCUCAAACCUCAGAUUCUUUCUUUGAAAUUCCACUCAAAGAAUCUUAGCCACAUUUUCAUUGCUGUUUUUCUCUUUUAUUCCUUGCUCCAAAGAAACCAUGUAACUGAAGAGAUGUAUGGUUAUUUUUUCUUUGUAUAUAUUGAUAUAGUUGUUUCAAUGGAUUCCAGGCCUGAAUAGCAAAUAACAAAAGAGAAAGUGGAGAUGAGGGGGGAGUCAUCUGGUUUGAUUAUUGGGAUUUCUAUAGGAGUGGUAAUUGGUGUGCUUUUAGCUAUUUCUGCAUUGUUUUGUAUUAGAUAUCAUAGAAGGAGAUCCCAGAUAGGAAACAGCAGUUCCAGGAGAGCUUCAACUAUUCCUAUAAGGGCUAAUGGAGCUGAUUCUUGUACUAUAUUAUCCAAUUCAACUAUCGGUCCCGAUUCACCUGUGAAAUCUGGAAGAAAUGGAAUGUCUGUGUGGAUUGAAGGGUUUAGAAGGAGUAAUGUUGUCUCUGCGUCUGGAAUACUUGAAUAUUCGUACAAAGAUUUGCAAAAAGCAACCUAUAAUUUUACAACACUAAUAGGACAAGGAGCUUUUGGUCCAGUUUAUAAAGCUCAGAUGUCAACAGGUGAGACUGUCGCUGUAAAAGUGCUUGCUACUGAUUCUAAGCAAGGGGAGAAAGAGUUCCAGACAGAGGUUAUGUUGUUAGGAAGGUUGCAUCAUAGAAACCUUGUAAAUUUGGUUGGAUAUUGCGCAGAAAAGGGUCAGCAUAUGCUUGUCUAUGUAUAUAUGAGUAAAGGCAGCUUGGCUUCUCAUUUGUACACCUCCCGUCUUUGUGCAGGUGAAAAUCAUGAACCUCUGAGCUGGAAUUUGAGGGUUUAUAUCGCUUUAGAUGUAGCAAGGGGCUUGGAAUAUCUUCAUGAUGGGGCAGUUCCUCCUGUAAUACACCGCGACAUCAAGUCAUCCAAUAUCCUGUUGGACCAGUCCAUGAGAGCUAGGGUAGCUGAUUUUGGGCUUUCAAGAGAAGAGAUGGUAGACAAACAUGCAGCUAACAUACGAGGAACUUUCGGAUAUCUUGAUCCAGAGUAUAUAUCAACAAGGACCUUUACGAAGAAAAGUGAUGUUUAUAGCUUUGGGGUAUUGCUAUUUGAACUCAUAGCUGGCAGAAACCCUUUACAGGGUCUCAUGGAAUAUGUUGAGCUAGCAGCUAUGAGUACCGAAGAGAAAGAUGGGUGGGAGGAAAUUGCGGAUUCCCGAUUGGACGGGAAAUUCGACGUGCAAGAGCUCAAUGAAGUAGCAGCUCUUGCAUAUAAAUGUGUCAACCGUGUUCCUAAAAAACGGCCUUCGAUGAGGGACAUUGUGCAAGUGCUAACACGAAUCCUCAAAACAAGACACAUCAAGAAGCAUCAGAUGUCUUUAUCUGUCGCCACUGCAGGUGAGGUCCCGGUUGACCUAGAGCAAGGAGAAACUAAGAUUCCGAUAACCGUACACCAGAGAGACGAGUCCAUGGAUAGUGCAACUGACACAUUCGAAAUGUAGUCAGCAUUUCAUAAAUUGUUAAAAAUUGUCACGGUUUGAUUUUUGCCAUGUGACAUAAUUCGGAUGUAAAGGAGCUAAAGCACACGCCAGGUUUGAUUAUAGCAUUUGAGUUGUGUUUAGGGUUAAAAAACCAUCGUUUUGUAAUUUGGUGUAACAUAUAUAGGUUUCUUCCUUCAUUUUGCUGAUUUAAUUUUGUAUACUGAUACUUUAGAAAUGAAAUUAUAAAUCAUGUCUUUUGAAAA